UCGCAGCAAGCGCGACAGCUCAUCCAGCUUCACCGUCGUUCUCCGUACAGGAAGAGAGGUAGAAGCUGCAUUCUCCACCAUCACCAUGGCGCGAUCUAGCUUGGCGGCUAUGGCUUCAAUUGCCAUGAUUGUGAUUUUGUCCUGUCACUUGCUUUGCCUUGCGGCGCCUGCAUAUGACGUAGAUGCGGCUGAUGCGUGCCCUGUGCGUAUCACAAAGCUGAGCCUCGAUCCAAUCAAUUCACUGUGUAGCAUCGGGAACAGCGAUUUGUGCUGCCAGUCUAUGCAGACUGUGGGAAUGGAGGCGGUGGACUACAACCCGAAUUGCGUGGACAAGUUAGUAGCUGCCAUCGAGGCCUACACCGGUGUCACUGCAGAUGAAGCCUCCGCUUGCCUGCAGAACGAGGGAAGAGGUCUUCUCGGGCAACUGGAGCAGGAAGCCUCUGAGGCUUUCGCCGCUUCAGGAUCUGGGUCUUUACCGGCGCCGAGCCUAGCAUUGUGAUAAUGCUCUUGAAUGUUCAUGGCGAUGGACAACUAUGGAAUAACGCUGCGUUCGAUGGACGGCAGAGGAGGAGCAGGAGGAGUAGGAGGAGGAGCUCUCUGUGACUGUUCAUGCAGGCGCUCUCGGUGGGUGCGUCGUAUGGCCUGUAGGCGCUUCGCCUGCGUUCUGACUGAGCGGGAUGGAGAGACUGACAGUGUUAGUGCAAGGACUUGCUGUCUGUUGACGCCGUACUGGAUCAGAUCAUUGAUUGAUCUCAUUCAAGAUCGAAUGCAUGCCUCAUAUUACGCGUUUAGGUGAAGAAGAUGGCCAUGACAUGUAGUGCAAAUGGAGGUCGGACGGCAUUCGGAAAGGCGAAUCGCCCGGCGACGAAAUUUCACGCUUGCCCAGUCGGACAUGGCGUCUCUCCAUCCCAUGGGUGUGGCAUUUAUGAUUAGAUUAGCGUCUUUCUGAUGGGACCAUUUGUACGACCGCAUCAGGGCAAUCUCUCUCUCUCUCUCUCUCUCUCUCUCUCUCUCUCUCUCUCUCUCUCUGUGUGUGUGCCCCCCUUCGUGCUCUCUCUCUCUCCUGUCUGAUCCCUAUGAUUAAGAAUCUCUCUCUCUCUCUCUCUCUCUCUCUCUCUCUCUCUCUCUCUCUCUCUCUCUGUGCGGUCGCAUCUCUAUGAUGAAGAGUGUUGCCUCGAAGCGUCUUGCUGGUUGAGGCAAGUUGUCAGAUUUUUCGUUUCAUUCGGCUGAAUGUGCCGUAUUAGGACCAAGUGUUGGAGUCGGAGCUCUGUCUAAAGCCAAUCUAAGCCACACUAUGUAGCAUCAGGCUGUCGUCGUGGUCUUAGGCCGACAUACAACGUGAGGGGAGAGAGGAUACACGGCUGUUCGGGCUGAUCCCCGAGUGCUGAAGGCGGUUGUUAUUCUUGAUCGCAAUUCCACAGUAUCAUGUGGAAGUAAAUAAAAAUGAGGAAAUCGA